AGCUAUGUCCAACAACGCGGUAACGUAGUUAAUCGUGCGGUAACCUUAUUACCUAACCAACCAAUCACAGCAAGGGAUUCACGCGAACGUGUAUAGUGGAAACCCACCUUUAUUUUCCAUCGUUUGCCGGUGUGCCGCUUAAAGAGUACCAAGGUCCAAGGUAUAUACUGUCCGGUCGAAGAACACGCGCAGACACUGCUCGAAUUUGUCAGCAGCACAUUGCGCGUCCGUUCCCCGCACCAAAUAUUUAUUAAUAUUUAUUUAUACCAUAACAGUUCGCAAAGCAUAAUAAUUAAUAAUCAUAUAGAAACCUCGCAUAAUCUACAUGUAACGUAAUCGUAUAGUGUCAUUAAUAUUUUUUUAACGCUUUGUUGCUUCUGUCGACGUUUUUUUAACGUAUAAGUGUGCAUAAAUGAUACAACUUACCUACCUAUACGCGGUCGAAACGAAUAACUGUAUUGCGGUGUUGAUGGACCACAUUGUGUGCAAUUUUUAAAUUUUUUACCAUAUUUAUGCGUAUUCCAUAUACAAUUCCUAUACGUACGCGGUAAGCUGUUAGUCGCCUUUACCCGAUUUUCCGUUUCAGGCGUUUCACAGAAUACGACGAUUAUCACACUUGUUAUACUGAUAAUAUAACACUAAAUGAUGGACGAUCCUUGGUACAAAUCGACAGAUUCGUUGACGUGGGCGUUGACGAGGAAAAAGACAGAUUUGGAUGAAUCGAAUAAAAAAAAACUCAAUAGGGUAUUGACCUUCUUCGACUUGACGGCAUUGGGCACCGGCUGCACAUUGGGAAGCGGUGUGUACAUAUUGGCCGGAACAGUGGCCAAAUCGAUCGCCGGCCCAGCCGUAGUCCUGUCUUUUGUCAUUGCCGCCGUAGUAUCUGCAUUUUCUGGACUGUGUUAUGCUGAAUUGGCUGGUAGAGUACCCAAAGCUGGAUCAGCAUACAUUUACAGUUACGUGGCAGUUGGUGAGUUCACAGCGUUCAUCAUUGGUUGGAAUCUAAUCGUCGAAUAUCUCAUUGGAACCGCGGGCACGGCUAAGGCCAUGAGUAAUUACUGUGAUUCUUUGCUGGGCAAUCCGCAGAAAAGAUACAUGACCAAAUAUUUUCCCAUACACAUCAGCUUCUUAGGCGAUUAUCCUGACUUAACAUCAUUCUUUGUGAUUGUCAUCAUAGCACUAUUGGUAGCUUGGGGUGUUCGUGAAUCGUCGAUUACCAACAACAUAUUUACUGCAUUAAAUCUUAUUACCGUUUGCACCGUGAUUGUCACUGGGUGUUACAAAGCUAAUAUAUCAAACUGGUCUAUUCCAAAAAGCGAAAUACCACCUGAAGUAAAAGGCGGCGAAGGCGGAUUUUUACCAUUCGGAUGGGUCGGUGUUGCAACGGGAGCUGCGAAAUGUUUUUACGGAUUCAUCGGUUUUGAUUCGAUUGCCAUGACUGGUGAAGAAACAAAAAAUCCCAAAAGAGACAUACCGCUGGCGAUCGUCGCUUCUCUGUUCCUGAGUACGAUCGCUUAUUGCGGCGUGGCCAUCGUUUUGACACUCAUGUGGCCUUACUUUUUGAUGGAUGCGGAUGCUCCACUUCCGGUCCUCUAUGAAAAUUUAGAUAUGCCGAUGAUAAAAAUUAUAGUCUCAGGUGGUGCGAUGUUUGCAUUGUGCACGAGUCUUUUGGGUACACUAUUUCCACUACCUCGUAUCUUGUACGCGAUGGCUAACGAUGGUCUGCUUUUCAAGUUCUUAUCGAAUAUCAACGCGACGACCAUGACCCCUCUAAUAUCCACGAUCAUAAGUGGACUUUUCGCCGGUACUUUGGCUGUUGUGUUCAAUCUUGAGCAACUCAUCGAUAUGGCGUCCAUUGGUACACUCCAGGCUUACACGAUUGUUUGCAUUUGCGUGUUGAUAUUGCGGUACACAAACAACAAUCCGCCCAUCCAAGACAAUAAUACAACGAAAUCAAAUGGUAUCACGGUUUUCAMAUGGUUAAAUUUGUCGAACGCAAAAGUGCCGAACUCCGACACCCAAUACGUUUCAAGGGCAUUGAUAUUUAUAUUUAGUGUAUCUACGUUUGUGUUUGGAAUAAGUCUCGCAAAUAUGGGAUCAUAUCAUGGAACCACGAGGAACGUACUCAUGAUAAUAAAUUUUGUAUCGAUUUUGGUGUUGUUGAUAACGUUGAUCAUGCUGAGUAGACAUCCGACAGCCGAGGAAGAUCUAUCGUUCAAGGUACCUUUGGUUCCCAUUGUACCGUGUUUGAGCAUUAUACUAAAUGUUUACCUGAUGAUGGAACUGGAGUACAAGACWUGGAUAAGUUUCACCGUGUGGCUCAUCUGUGGAUUAUUGAUAUAUUUGUUCUAUGGUAUCGGUCACAGUUUAGAAGGAAAUAAGCAAAACAUUCACCAAAAUACAAUUCAAAUCAAUUUGAGUUAGGUCCUUGAACAUUUCUAAAAUUACCCAUAAGUUUGAAUCAACAAUCAACUUAAUUGGAUUUCUCAUUUAUUUUUAAAAAUAUGUGUUUGUAAAAUGAAUGACCUUUAUUGUAUAGGUACUUAACARUAUUAAUAUUACUCGUAUAAUAUUUUUGAUAAACAUAUCCAUCAUAAUCAACAUCAUUGUCCAAAAAUAUUGUUAUAUCAAAAAGUAUUUUAGUUAAAGUAAUAUAAAUGUCACGUAUAUUUGAAUUCUUGAUCCAUUUCACGAAACGAAACUUCAUUUUUUUAAAUCACUUCAUUAUGUAGAAAUUCAGAAAUGUAGUAUUAUGAAACUUGUGUCAUCAUUUGUAUGUACGAGUACGUAUAACGUAAGAUUAAUACAUAUUAUAUUAAUUAUAAACAUACUAAUAAUACAUAGUAUGAAUCCAGUAUGUAUUUUUGUUAUGUAACUAUAAUAGUAACUAACUAUACGGGUAAUACAUGGACAUCACACUAUUCACAAUUCACACUCGGCCACUCAAAUCAGAUAUUCAGAUAUACACAGUAAUUACUUAUUACUUACUAACAUGAUAUAU